AGGAAAUUAAUAAGAAGAUGCAUGUAGAAAGAAAUUUUGACGAAAAAGGAAAAAAAAAAGUCAAGAAAACAUAAACAUUAUUAAUUUUUGCUAGAUCUACGCGGCUUCCCUCUCUAAGUCCUAACAGAACACUGCCUCUUCCUCCGCCCUACAAAUACCAAUUCACAACCAUAGUAAAAUCACUCACAAGCUCUUCCUUCUCUCUCUGUCUAACCCAAAUUCAAACCACAAUGGCUGAUUUUGCAGCAAUCUCCCCAACACCACUUCUAAAAGAUGAGUUAGACAUAGUGAUUCCCACCAUUAGAAACUUAGAUUUCUUAGAGAUGUGGAGGCCCUUCUUCCAACCAUACCAUCUUAUCAUUGUUCAAGAUGGUGACCCAUCAAAGAUUAUUAAAGUUCCUGAAGGCUUUGAUUAUGAACUCUAUAAUAGGAACGAUAUCAACAGGAUUUUGGGUCCUAAGGCUUCUUGUAUUUCUUUCAAGGAUUCUGCUUGUAGAUGCUUUGGUUAUAUGGUUUCUAAGAAGAAGUAUAUCUACACAAUUGAUGAUGACUGCUUCGUUGCUAAAGAUCCUAGUGGCAAAGACAUUAAUGCACUUGAGCAGCACAUAAAGAAUCUUCUCUGUCCAUCAACUCCAUUUUUCUUCAACACCCUGUAUGACCCAUACCGAACUGGUGCAGAUUUCGUUCGAGGGUAUCCAUUUAGCCUUCGUGAGGGUGUCCCAACAGCUGUAUCCCAUGGUCUCUGGCUCAACAUCCCAGAUUAUGAUGCCCCCACCCAGCUUGUCAAGCCUCUUGAGAGGAACACCAGGUAUGUAGAUGCUGUAAUGACUAUACCAAAGGGAACUUUGUUCCCCAUGUGCGGUAUGAAUCUGGCAUUCAACCGUGAGUUGAUUGGUCCUGCAAUGUACUUUGGUCUCAUGGGAGACGGUCAGCCAAUUGGGCGCUACGACGAUAUGUGGGCUGGCUGGUGCACCAAGGUUAUAUGCGACCACUUAGGUUUUGGAGUCAAGACAGGAUUGCCUUACAUCUAUCACAGCAAAGCUAGCAAUCCAUUUGUGAACCUUAAGAAGGAAUACAAAGGAAUCUAUUGGCAAGAAGAGCUGAUCCCAUUUUUCCAGUCUGCAGUCCUUCCAAAAGAAUGUACCACUGUUCAGAAGUGCUACAUUGAACUCUCCAAGCAAGUUAGGGCAAAGCUUGGUAAAAUAGAUGAAUACUUUGUCAAGCUGGCAGAUGCCAUGGUCACAUGGGUUGAAGCAUGGGAUGAGCUGAACCCAUCUGGAAACUCUGGUGAAUUGCCUAAUGGUGCUGCAAAAUAGAUUUCUUGAUACGAGGGAGGCCAUUAAAUUUGUCACGUCAGAGAUGUUAUCAUGACAUUUAUAGUCCUAGGCAGGCUGUAUCUUGAUGAGCCCAUUUACGAUCUCAUUUACCAAGCUUUUUUGCUUUAAGGCUUGGAUUAAUUAUUUUGCAGGUUGAGGAAAAAGAUUUUAUUUGUCUUAUUAAUAUUCAUGGAUUCUCUAUAUUCAAGUAAGUGUAGUUUUGAUUGUUA